CUGAAAGUGUGUCCACAGUGAGCUUGAAGGAUGGCAGGGAUUACUUUGACGCUUUUGUUUGUGGUGUUUCCUCUUUACAACACAGAGGAGCAUGUCGUUAAUGGUCUGUACACGCUGAUAGAAAAGGGUCAGAGCAGCUUUGUGGAUCCAGCUCUGAGCAAUCAGAGCAGACUGGUGGUUAAAGAGCCCAACCUGCCCAUCAACGAGCUCCUAGAGAAGAGCAGCAAGAGCAGCGAGUCCAAGUUCAGCCUUCAUCCUCUUCCUUCUGUUGUGUGGCCUAAGCACACUGACCUGGCCCACAUCCCCCGCCACCACAGUCCCCACAGCAAGAGCAAAAAGAGCCCAAAGAGCGACCGUUCGGAGGAGCACAACAGCGAGAAAUCCAGAGGAGAAGUUGCUGGUCUGCAUCCCAAAACCCAGGUCACAGCAGCUGCAGGUGCUUCCACCAACCGCACAGUACAGAAACCCAGUCAGGACGCUCAGUCCAACGUCAGUCCUCCUCAACACGGCGAGCCAGAGGGACACCCCAACUCCAGACCCAGGGCGCCGCCUCAGACCCAACCUCAGGCUCAGCCACAACAACCAGCUGUUCCCCCGCGCAAAGAUCCCCCCAACCGACGCAUGGACCCAGAGGAGAACCGGCCGGGGAAGUCCAGUCUCUAUCAGUCUGGCAUCAGUGCAGCGACCCGGAACAACAGCCGCCCGCCGGUGAUCUUUAACCGGCGCUCCUCCAGCCUGCUUUAUCAGUUUGACAUCAUGCGGCGAGAGUCCGACUUCACACAUGACACCUUCUGUGUGAGCGAGUGCAGGAAGGAGAAGGACGAGAAGGAGCAUUACUGCUACAGUGAAUUUGCUGUCAAUGGGAUUGUCCAUGACAUCGACGUGUUACGCAAAGGAAUCCGGCUCAUUACACUGAUGGUCAGCAGUGAUGGCUUCUACAAGAUGAGCCGUCUGUACGUGACCCCUGACAGCUUUUUCUUCAAAGUGCACCUUCUGGUCCUGGACACCUACAAGUGUAGCAAGCCAUGCCCUGACAUCAAACUGGGGACCAGAUACAUCAUAAUGGGUCAGAUCUACCACCGAAGACGCCACCUCCCCUCUGACCUCCUGAACCUGCUGGGCGGUAAACUGAAGCCCGGGGACGGCAUCCUGAGAAGCAACAGCUACGUCAAGAGAUACAACAAGCGGCGACACCAGAAAGCUCUGGAGGCCACGCGCUCCAGGUGUAGGUGAACCAGAGAUAAGACUAUCGCCCCUCGCUGCAGGGGAAGAGACACUGCAGCAGACGUGAACUGAUCUCGGGUAGACAGAAGACAUGUGGCAAAAGCAUCGACUGAGUUUCAUAUGGACUGCUCUGAUGCUAGCAAAAGACUGGAUCAACUCCUUUUUACCGAUCU